CCGUGCUUGUGAAUGUUGUGAUAUCUCAAUUUAGUACGGAGUAUUCGUUCUGACAAUUUAUACGCAGGUAAGCUCUGUUCUAAUUUCAUCAUCAAAUAAAUAGGAUUGAGUAAAUCCGAUCUUGCAAAAACUUAUGUUUCUUCAACCCGAGCUUAUCCUAAUUCCGUCGGUUGCUCACUUCUCUCCGGCGAAACCCCUCCUAUCUGGAGUUCUGAUCCCUAUCUUGGAAGUUGAAGAAUAAGGGUUUGCAUCAUCUCAGAAACCCUAAAAUCAGACCUUUUAGAUAUCUUUCGAUAUUUUUAAGUUCGUGCGCGAAUUUGGGAUAUUGAUCUCCAUCCUAAGUUCAGUCGGGUCUUCUCGUGAUCAGGCCCUGCUCUCAUAUCUUUUGGUGCGGCCUUUGUGAUCACACGUGUUAUAACCUGGCGGCUAAAUGGAUAUUGAUGGAAGCAAGCGGAUAUUCCAGCGCCUCGGUCCUUCCCAAGGAGACAACGGAAGUAAACAGCCCAAAGUUUGCUUCCAUUGGAGAGCGGGUCGGUGCAAUAGAUUCUCGUGCCCGUACUUGCACAGAGAAUUGCCUCAGCCACCUCAGCCGCAUCAGCCGCAUCAGCCGCAUGCAUCUUUGAAUAAUAACAGUACGACAUCUUCGAAGCGUUCCCAUGGGUAUUCAGACGAUUACGGGGGCGGAGUGAGGAGGAAUACGAAUUACAAUAACAAUUGGGGCAGAACGCCGGCGCAUAGCGGCAGCAACACCACUAGAGCUGUGACGAAGACUGAGAAAGUUUGUAAUUACUGGGUUAAUGGGAGUUGUAAGUUCGCAGAUAACUGCAGGUUCUUGCAUUCAUGGAGUACAGGGAAUUGCUUUUGGUUGUUGAAGCACCUUGAAGGACAUCAUAAGGUUGUUUGUGGAAUUGCUUUACCUACUGGUUCAGAUAAGAUGUAUUCAGGAAGUACAGAUAAGACUGUAAGAGUAUGGGAUUGCCUAUCGGGACAGUGUGCAGGUGUUGUCACAUUAAAUGGUGAAGUGGGCUGUAUGCUAAGCGAAGGGCCAUGGGUUUUUGUUGGGCUUACCAAUCUUGUCAAGGCGUGGAAUGCUCAAACAGAAGCAGAUCUGAAUUUAACUGGUCCAGUUGGGCAAGUUUAUGCCCUUGUUGUGGGUUACGAUAUGCUCUUCGCUGGUACAGAGAAUGGGAUACUAGUGUGGAAAUAUAAUGUCACAACCAACUGUUUUGAGCCAGCUGCAUCUCUUAGCGGACACACUAAUCAUGUCGUGACACUGGUUGUAGGAGCCAAUAGGCUGUAUUCGGGUUCUAUGGACAAUACUAUAAGAGUAUGGAGCCUUGAAAGUUUGCAGUGCCUACAGGUUUUGACGGGGCACACCAGCGUUGUGAUGUCUGUUCUUUGUUGGGACCAAUUUCUUUUAUCAUGUUCUCUGGACAAAACAGUUAAAGUCUGGGUCACUAGUGAGAAUGGGAGCUUGGAAGUGACAUACACCCACCAGGAAGAACAUGGAGUGCUAGCUAUGUGUGGAAUGCUUGAUGCUGAGGCUAAACCUGUACUGCUUUGCUCUUGCAAUGACAACACAGUUCGUGCAUAUGAUCUUCCAUCGUUUUUUGAGAGGGGGAAGAUCUUCUCAAAAGAGGCAAUACGUUGCAUUGAGAUUGGUCCUGGUGGUUUGUUUUUCACUGGUGAUGAAUCUGGGCAAGUAAGAGUGUGGAAGUGGGCAACUGAAACAACUAAAACUCCCUGAGGAGCAACUACUUUCAUUUACUAUAAUAUUCUUUUUUUCUGUUAUGGUGGUUCGUUUUUCAUGGGUGAUGAAUCAAGUCAAGAUCUUGAAGUGGCUUUUCGUUGAAACAACUACAGCAGCAUGAUCGGCCAAUUAUUUUCAUUUUCCAUAAUGUAUUUCUAUUGUUAUGGUCUGUAAAUUUUCGCCUUUGGGUUUACGGGCUCAUGAAGAAGACAUGAGAGAGAGAGAAUCAGUUUUGAUUUAUUAGCGAUAUCAUGAAAUUAGCUUGUAAGAGUAGGCCAGCUUCAUCCCCUUAAAUCUGUUUCAGGUUGAGUCUGUAAGAGUUCUUGAUUCUGGAAAUAAUGUUAUUCUUGCAAUUUUUUAAUGAGGCACCUAAUAGGCUGCCGCCUGCCGGUAUUGUUAUGAUGUGAACGGUGUAUGGAACUGGUUUUUGUUAGUAUUUGUAGAAUAUGGUUAAAUAGUGUUUUAAACGUUUUGUAAUACGG